AUGGCAAAGGAUGGAGACAACGGGUGGAAGGAGUAUGUAUGGAACCCGAGGACGAGGGAGUUCCUGGGCAGGACGGCCAGCAGCUGGGGUCUUAUUCUUCUCUUCUAUUUAGUUUUCUACAUCUUCCUGGCCGGCAUGUUUUGCCUCACCAUGUACGUCAUGCUGCAGACCUUGGACGACCACAAGCCGAAAUGGCAGGACAGGCUCUCCACGCCAGGUAUGGUGAUUAGACCCAAAGGAGAUGAGUACUACGAGAUCAAAUACAGCACCCAGAACACCGAGAGCUGGGACAUGUACGCUCAGACUUUGGAAAAGUUCCUGUCACCCUACAACAACACGGCCCAGGUGGAGAAGAACAACGAGUGCAAACCGGACGCGUACUUCCAGCAGGAGGAUAGCGGCGAAGUGAAGAACAACCCCAAGCGCUCGUGUCAGUUCAACCGCACCAUCCUCGAGGACUGCUCUGGAAUCACUGACCGUCACUAUGGAUACCGGGAUGGCAAGCCGUGCAUCAUCAUCAAGCUAAACCGGGUGAUCGGGAUGCUGCCAGGAAAAGAUGGACAGGCUCCGUUUGUCACCUGUGGCCCAAAGAAAGAAGACUCUGAAAAGAUUGGCGAGUUGCAGUACUUCCCUCCCAAUGGCACUUUCAACCUUAUGUACUACCCUUACUAUGGCAAGAAAGCUCAGGUGAACUACUCCCAGCCUUUAGUUGCCGUCAAGUUCCUCAACAUCACUACCAAUGAAGACGUCAACAUCGAGUGUAGGAUCAACGCCAACAACAUUCCCACUGGAAGUGAAAGAGACAAGUGGGCCGGAAGAGUGUCUUUCAAGCUGAGGAUCAACACUAUAUAGGUUGACCUUUUUUUGUUUCUCUCCUGAAAAACCACUUUCUUCAUUUUCUGCAACAUUGCAAAUACACAGAAACAAAUCUCAGUAUUCACACCCUUUGUAGAAUUUGUUUACAACCCCUUCCUCCCUCCCCAAAAACAACUUUUGGGCGGGGAAAUUGUUUGUCCAGUAUUGUGAUGAGAUGGGGCGAGAAUAAAAGGGUGGUAAUCCUGUCAUUAUUUCUGUCUGUGAGCUUUGGGAUGAAUUCUUUUCUGUACAUUAGUUUGAGGUGACGUCUAUUUAUACUGCAUGACAAACUAGGGGAUGUAAAGAAUGUGAACAUGUGUUUUCAAAGUUUGCAAAGGAUCAGCAACAUUAACACUUUACUGCUGCUCCCCUCCUGCUGCCUCCUUAUAGAGUACCCCUCUAUAUACCAAUAUACACAAAUUACAAUACAAAAUGUGUAUAUCUACAGUAUUUAUACGGUAUCAUAACCUUAUAUUAGUACGUCUAUUUUGUUGCACUUAAAAGAAUAAUCCAACAGACUCGCGUAUAUCGGGUGGAUGCAGAGAUGAAGCCAUUUUGCAUGUGUGUAUUGUCUUAAGUGUGCUACGAGGGCAGGAGGCCCCUACGUCUCACCACCUCUCUGCUAAGUGUGAACUAAGGUUAAAAAAAAAAAAACACCAACCACCAGGAGGGGCCACACUGUAAUCUACUAAACCCUUACACACAGCAAGUGUGUGUUUCGCUAACAACAUACUGUAAGAUACGCAUCUCCAACAUAAAAAGACAAAUGGAGUUACAGGAGAGGUUAAAACCUUUAAGAGUGCGUGUGUUUGUGCAUGUGUGUGCGUGUGUGUGUGUGUGUGUGUGUGUGUGUGUGUGCUCCAUUCACGGGUCCCAUUUCAUACUGUAGGUCGGGAAGUUGCAUGCAAUGUGCAAUAUUCAUUAAGUGACAUACAUUAUGAAUGCUUGAGUCCAUUCUACGGAUGAGAGGACGUGUGUUCACGUUUGUGUCGCUUGGAGCGUUCAUAUUAACCACGAAAGGAGACAUCGAUGUUUCACAUGUCUUACAGCAUCCUCGUAGUUUGACAAAAAACUAACAAUCCCUCCGAUCCGACCACCUGAAUAUCAAAUGAAAUCACAUCAACACAUUCCUUUAUCAUCAUUUUAUUCCUAAAGCUAAACCAAGAGCCAUUUUAUUGUGUCUCUAUUUUGAAUUUGAAUAUUUAGAAAGGUCUUUUUUUUGUGCGUGUAUUGCAUCUAUUUCAUAUGUAUCAGAAAUAGAUGCGAUUGUCAUAUUUUGUAUUGAUUUACACUGCAAGUGUGCUUUGAAUUAAUUGUUGUACAGUUUUGGAGGAUGUAGAAGUUUGUGUUUUGUUCCCUUUUUUCUUUCAAUUACACCCAUUAUCAUCCUCUAAAAUAUCAUCCAGGGUAUCGAAAUGUAUAGUUUACAAAUUCCUUUAAUGGUGACUAGAGUCUUGAAUAAUAUGUGAGUUGGUAGUUUUGUUUUAUAGUCCUGUAGGGAAAUGGACACACUGGAGAUCUCCUUCCUAGAGGGGGAUACUUUUUCAUUUUAUUUGUCGCCCCCCCCCCCCCCCCCACUGCUGUAUGAAUCAGUCUGAUGGCAUAAUGAGACGACCAGUUUAUAAACCAACAUGUUGGAAAAGCAUAGAUGAAGCCUGAAUAUGGUGCUGCUUACUCGACGUGCAUUCAUUCAGUGUGCAGUAAAGGCUAUUGUAAGAGACACCUGCAAAUGUUGGCGGGCUAAAUCCGUGCAGUCACGCUUUGAAAUUCGGUCACUUUAAUUUGGCUACAGAUUGCAGCAAUCCUGCAAAUGUGGAACGGGCAUCUGUUCACUCACAUUAAGGCCUGGCUCCACUCCACAUCUCCUCUCAGAGCAAUGUGUUCCUCUCGUAAAUAUCUCUGGAAUGCAUUAUAUAAAAGACACAGAUCUGUUAUUGUCUGAAAGGUUAUUUAUAAUGAAGGGUGUGCACCAACACUCAGCUGAGGCUCUCUUUUCUCUGACUGUCCACUGACAUGUAGUUCUCCUCUGGCAUUCCUGCUACACUUACUUAAUUUCACUGUAAUCUCUUAAUCUGGUUAGCUAAUCCGGAGCAGGCACGCUCAACUUCUUUACCCUACUUUGUCGCUCCUCCCCCUCAUGUCAAAGGAUUCUGCAACAUUUUGUGUCAAUUCAAUCUCUAUUUUACCCCCAAUCAUUCUUAAAUUGAUCAAAAAUAAAUGCGUCAUUGCUGAUUUGGACAUUGUGUUUUUACUCAUGUGCAUGUGAAGAUUAGCUCUUCAACCAAAGAUCUUCAUCAAAAUUUGAUUUAUUUGCAAUCACACAUCCUCUGCAGAGAUAGGGGUUCAGGUGGAGGGAUUAACACCCCGUGUAAUAUAAUAAAAGCCUGCUCUUAUAUCAUAAUAUUAAGAAUAAUAAUAAUAGUAAUAUGCACAAAAGCAACGUGUCUCACUGCAACAUAACAGUGCCUCCUGGUGGACAGACAGUGAUGUCCCCCAGUGUCACAGAAUGUUAUUUCCUGUUAUCUCCAUGUAUGUUUCUUUUCUUCCUCUGUGAUAAUUUGGAGAUGUCCUCAAAAAGCAAUAUGUAUUUCUUGUGCGGAUGUAUUUAUUGGAAAGGCUCAUGAAAAGCGAAGAAGAAGAAGAAGAAUAGGAUGUUGCAGUCAGGCCGUUUUGCCAGCAUGCAGUAUGGUGAUGGAAUAUUACAAACAAAGUGUUGUUUUAUUUAUAAGAAAAGAGUAUUUUUAUCGCUAUUUUGUUGUAAAGAGGAGAGAAUGUAUAAACUUGGAUUGUAUCAUGUCGUGGGAGCUAUACCUGCAUUUAAUCCAACGAACGGGGAAAUGUUAACAACUUGGAUGGAAAAGUGUUUGGUUUUUUUAAUAUAGGAAAAUGUUUUGUCAUGGCUUGAGUCCUUUCUAAAUUAAAUUGAGAUCAUUGUUUGCAAAUGGAAGUUUUCUGAAACUAAGUGUUCAGACA